AUGACUGGGCCCGGCCCUCAUGGCUGCUCCGUAGUAGCCCGCCGCGGCCGCCACCGCUGCUCGACGACCCGGCCCCUGAGUCACCGCCGCCGCCGUCCAAAAUUUUCCUAUUCUUACAUGUGUAGUCUUCUAGGUGCAGGCUGUGUGAGGCUCUCCCACCUCUGCCGGCUGCGCUGCAAGCUGCAGCCUCUCCAGACUGUGACUUCUUUCUUCUCCAGCCUCAUCCUGAAAAGCAAGACCAGUCUUGGCAAGGAACAAAUGCAUGGAAAGACAGCUUCUCUGAAGAGCCUUGUGGCCUCCUCCGAGAAAUUAGAGAGGAUUCAGGAAACCCCAGACUACAGUCUGCCUUGGCCUGAAAGCUUGAAGGAUGAAGAGAUAAAGAAGUACAGUCGGGAAGGGACAUUGCAGAGCAAAAGCAAUCAGCAGUACCACAAGCUGUUCAAGGAUAUCCCUUUGGAAGAGGUAGUGCUCAAAGCAUGCUCCUGUGCCCUCCAGAGGGAUCUCCUUCUCCAAGGCCGGCUCUACAUCUCCCCCAACUGGCUUUGCUUUCAUGCCAGCCUCUUUGGCAAGGAUAUCAAGGUGGUCAUUCCUGUUUUAUCUGUGCAAAUGAUCAAAAAACACAAGAUGGCACGACUUCUUCCCAAUGGACUGGCCAUCACCACAAAUACCAGCCAGAAGUAUAUCUUUGUGUCCAUGCUCUCGCGGGACAGCGUGUACGAUAUGCUGCGGAGGGUCUGCACCCACCUGCAGCCUUCCAGCAAGAAGAGUCUGAGUGUGAGAGAGUUUCCGGAGGAGCCUGAGUGCGAGUCUUUGGAAGUCCUCAUUCCUGAGAUGAAAUGGAGAAAAGUAUGCCAUGCCUCUAGGUCCCUGUCCCUCCCAGACAACAUCCCUUGCAUCCCUCGGGAAUCCAUGGAUGCCACAGACAACUUCUUCUCCACUAGGAAGCCCCCAGGGGCUGAGAACACGGUCUGUGAGGCGGACAGCCUGGAGGAGGAGCACAGGAGCAACGAAGAGCUGAGGCUUUGGGAUUACAGGCUCCUUAAGGUCUUCUUUGUGCUGAUUUGUUUCCUGGUCAUGUCCUCAUCCUACCUUGCAUUUCGUAUCUCCCAGCUGGAACAGCAGAUAUGCUCCUUGAACUGGGACGGCUCAACCCCUGGGCACAGGUGA